CCACAUAUCUUGCUAUAUUGACUUUUAUGUGUUUGUCAAUGGAUUUACAAUGAGGUUGAAGAAUCGGUUGGCGCGCGCGGUUUGUUGCUUUGGUGUGCUCAAAUUUGAGGCACUCAGCGUUCGGUGUUGAUUUUAGUGUAUUUCAUGUGAGACACCGACAAGCAUCGAUUUGCGAGGCUCUACUCUUCUUCGCUCAUUAUAUAUAUAUCGUGUCGCGCGCGUGUCAAGACUCGGUGUGUACCGCAAAAUAAGUGAAUCGAGUGAAAUAGACUCUAAAUGAAAAAUAAACCGGCAACUCACAUUUCAACCGCAAUCGUUUUAGUCGCCUUAAAAUCAUUACGAUUGAAUUUUCUUACCCGAAAUAGAUAUUUCAUUAAGUGCAAUCAUCUCAACGCGAAUUGAGCUCAAACUUACCGAUCUAUUCGGAACACAAAUCACACGGGGUAUGCUGGUUUUUCGUUUUUGUUUUUAGUUAUUAUUUAGCGCAAAUUGAAAUUUCAAACGAUCGUGAUAUUCGUUCAAAUGGGUUCAUUAUUUUGGAUUCGCUUUUGAUUAUUGUAAACGUGUGUGCUAUGAUGAUCGCACAAUCUGACAGAUAACUGCACACCUCAACAGAUAUUACAUCAUUCGGUCAAAUGUGCGGUUUCUCCUACAUAUUUUUUUACAGUGCUUUGAAUCACUAUUUGGUGUUGUCUUGUUGUUGUUGUUGUUUCUUCAUCGUUAGAACAAGUUCAUAUUUCGUUUCGGUUCGUUCGUCACAUUUUGAAUGGAAUUUUUUGAUUUCAUUUGCAAAAAUUUCGUCAUCAGAAUAGAUUUUGAUGCCUAUCUCCGUGUGUGUGUCAAUCGUGGAAAAUAUUGUGUGGUGACAGAGAGAAAAAUCGACACCAAGUGUACAGCCGGUAGCAUUUCUCACAGUUCAUAUUGAAAUAGUUUCACCUUUUGAUAUUAAAUGCUUAGCGAUACCGAGCAUUCGGAUAAAUUGCUAUCGUUCUACAAAUGUGACACAGUUCCUCGUAAUAACGAUUUGUGAUUUUAUAUGUUUAUGACGGUAGUUUCAUGCGAACAAAUAUAAAUCACAUGUCUAUAUAACAAAAUAAUCAUUGACUUAAAUGUCAUUCGAUUUGGAGAAGCGUAGCAAAGAUAGAAAUUGCAAUGCAGAGGAAGGAAGAAAGCAGGAAAGGAAGAAAGGAAUCGAGCGAGUGACACAAUUACCACGUCACCGAAUCGCAAUUGGAAAAACAGAUCAUUAGGCAAACAAUUUGAAAACGAUUUGGUGGAAUUGAAGAAAAAGCUCAUUUCGAUUUGUGUACAUUACAUUGGAGAACGUGUGCCUCCGUGUGUGUGUAUGUGUGGUUGUUUGUAUUUUGUUUCUAAACCUUUGAAAUUGUAUUUGAAAAAAAAAUCGAAUAGAGUUGGUUGCUGAUCGAUCGGGAGCGGGAGUGCGGUCCACCUAAUUGGUUAAUACCGGAGCUCUUCUCCCUACACUCUCCAUGAUGGUGCUAUAUGACUUGUUUUUUUACUUAUCCGAUUUGCCGCGGUGGCACAUAUUCGCGGUGUUCUUAGUGGGAUAUUUUGUAUACUAUCUCAUCGAAGUAGUUAAGCGACCAAUUUUGGCUGUUGAUGAAGGACCAUUCAAGCAAUACUUGUUGAAAAAUGUGCCCAUGUUGCAAUUAAAAUUUUGGCCAACAUUUUGGUGUUGUGAAAGUCGUGCUCAAACUGUGUUUGCCAGUUUAUUGCGACAACAAGUGUUGCCAUCAUUAAAUUAUCGCCGUGAAUUGCUCACGCUAAAGGAUGGCGGCGAAAUUGCAUUGGAUUGGAGUGAGCGAAAUUGUACGGAUGAAUCGCCUGUGAUUUUAAUUUUACCUGGUUUGACUGGAGCAUCACAGUCAGAGUAUAUCAAAUGUUUGGUUUCGGCUGCAAAUGGAAUUGGCGCUAGAGUUGUUGUGUUCAAUAAUCGUGGACUAGGUGGGGUUGCUUUAAAGACGCCUCGACUCUACUCGGCCGCCAAUGUGGAAGACUUGUCCGAAGUGCUGCAGCAUUUACGUAAAUCAUAUCCAAAUUCAAAAAUGGGUGCGACCGGAAUAAGUAUGGGUGGUUUAGUACUUGGAAACUAUUUGUCACGACACAGCGAAGAGUCGCGGAAUAUCUUCACCGCUUGUAAAAUCAUAUCCGUUCCAUGGGAUGUGCAGAAGGGAACAGUCAGCAUUGAAAAGCCGUACUUAAACAGCAUGCUCGGCAAACAUUUGACAAGUCGACUCUGUCACACACUCAGCCAGUAUGAAAUUCUUAACAAAAGCCGCCAUGACAUCGAUUUCGAUCAAAUUCUAAAAAGUAAAACAAUCAAAGAGUUUGACAGCAAUUUCACAUCGAAACAUUUUGGCUAUAAGGAUGUUGAUCAUUACUACAGCGUGGCCACACUUCACAACAAACUGCACAAAAUUUCCGUUCCGUUGCUUUGCUUGAGCGCUGCUGACGAUCCAUUUCAACCACUUGAAGCAAUUCCAACGAUAGCAGCCGAGCAAUCGAGCCAUGUGGCCAUCGUUGUGACUGCACGUGGCGGUCAUAUUGGAUUCAUGGAAGGUGUUUGGCCAAAAACUGGCGACGAAUACAUGGCACGGCUCUUCACACAGUACUUUUGUUCAACAUUGUUCGAUGACGAAUUUAAAAAUGUAACGGAAAACAUGUUAAAAACUUACCCAAGACACCCUGAUCAAGAUCCAGUUGAUCUUAGUUCCAAUUAAUUGUGUUACUGCAAAUUAGCAUCACUAGAAUUAAAAAAAUAUUAAUCGUGAAGACAAAAAAAAGCAAACAUAGGAAACAAACAGUUAUUUAUUCGGUGUUAAAAGAUUCUUUAUAUUUAUAAAAAUCCAAAUAAUAAUAAAUUGCAAAUUAAGUGCCGUUUGAACAGAGUUAUCCAUUUUGUUUAGGGUAGAGAAAGGGUUUUCUAGUUAAACAAUUAUUGUGAAAAUGAAGCAAAUAUGUAUAUCAAAACAGAAAAAAAAAACAGUUGCCUUACUAGUCGUAGUGUGAUACAAUGAAUGAAUAAAGCAGAUUUAUUUAUUUAAAA